ACUUCCUCCCCCUGAAGUGCGACGCUUGCGACCAGAUCUUCUGCACCGACCACAUUGCUUACGCCCAGCACAACUGUACCUCUGCCUACAAGAAGGAUGUGCAGGUCCCAGUGUGUCCCCUCUGCAACACCCCAGUCCCCAUGAGGCGGGGGGAGAUGCCCGAUGUUGUGGUGGGCGAGCACAUUGACCGUGACUGCAAGUCUGACCCCGCGCAGCGCAAGCGCAAGAUCUUCACCAACAAGUGUUUGAAGCCUGGCUGCAAACAGAAGGAGAUGAUGAAGGUGAUCUGCGACCAGUGCCACAAGAACUACUGCCUCAAGCACCGACACCCUCUGGACCACGACUGCAGCGGGGCAGGGCGUCCCCUCUCCAAAGCAGGGCAUGCUGCAGUUGUGAGAGCCCUGGCAUCCUCCUCCAAAACAGUUACCGCAUCAAGCAGUGGAGCUGCCCGGCCAGCAGACAGCUCCUCUUCUCCGGCUUCUGCCAGGUAUGGCAGAGCAGCUGCGUUGCAGACUCACAGCACCUCCCCUCCAGCUGUCAUGCUGCAGAACGGACUGAGCGAAGAAGAGGCACUGCAGCGAGCUCUGGAGAUGUCCUUGGCUGAGUCGGCAUGCAGCUCAGCGCAGGCACCCAGCAGCACGCAGGAGGAGGAGGAUCUGGCACUGGCCCGGGCACUGUCAGCGAGUGAAGCUGAGUACCAGCAGUCACAGCGGCAGGCGCACGGUUCAAAGCCAUCAAACUGCAGCAUGUCAUAG